AUACAAAUUCAAAAACAAAAUUCGCCAACAAAAAUUCACCAACAAAAAUUCACCAAUCCAAAUUCACCAACCAAAUUCACCAACCAAAUUCACCCAAAAAAUAAUGUCAGCCAAACAGGUGAGCUUCGAGGAUGACACUUCCGUCUCGUCCCGCAUUACGCUGUUCAACAAGCGGGCAGAGGAGCACCAAAACUGGAUGGUCGUCAAUCCUUUCGCUCACUACACCGUGCGGGAGAUGCCCAAGCGGCUGAUACGCCAGGAGGACUAUGGACACGCGCCACAGGGCAGCAGAUCGGAGCAGAGAUCGCAGCAGGCGCAUGUCCAGGCGCUGCAGGAAGUGCUGCAGCUGUGCAAGGUGAUCCACGAGUUGGGUCAGCCCAGGCCCAAGACGGGGCAGAUGGGUUUGUCCUUUGGUGAGCUCUUUGAGCAUUACAGCAGCAUCUCGGGGAAGCUAAUGGGCACACUGCUGGGCGCACGGAAGCACGGCUACGUCGCCUUUGAGGGUGAGACGCUGUUUCAGAGCAAGGACGAGCAGGUGCCGGUGUGUCUGUUGCGAUCCUACGACGAGCUGCGACUGGAAAUCAUGGCCAAGGUCGAGGAUCUCAGCGGGAAGGAACAAGAGAUUGCCACAUUAAAGGCUUAGCGUGGCCCGAAAGCUGUCACCUGAUCGCCGACCCGUGUCAAGUUGCUACGGGGUUUUGCGUAUGGCACGUAUGGCACCUGAGCCUUUUUGCAGUUAAUUUAAUUAACAUUUCACCAUAAGCCAGACAGCAAGCCAGCGGUGGCCCACGCAUCCGCAGAUCCCAUCACGUAUGCGACAGGCAGGAAGGAGUUCACCAAAACUCCCCCAGCUAGUCCUCCUGAAUCACCCGAAGCAAAUAAACAAAUUACAGCA